CUUUAAAUUGUAUAACGAACCAGUGAAAGGAUACGUGUUAUGUAGAAUCCGAAGCUAUGAUUACACGUGCUUAUGAAAAUAGACAGCAGUGUGUGAUUAAUGCAGUAAUGUUAUUCGGUGUUUAUAUUUUGAGCCAUUUUACUUGCUUCUCUCAACCCCCUCACAGUAAACGCUUUUUCCCGGUACCUGUACUCCAAAACAACAAUGGUUCUUCCUUAAUUGGCUUGGUUACAAUCAGCUCCCACCUGGUAAGUGAGGCUAAAAAAACAGAACUUUUGGGAGAGUCAGUUGAGCAGAGAGCUGUUGUCCAGCAAUGGUUGGAGUAUCGUUUGACCCGACUUGAUAACUGCUCUCAAGAUGAAGUCAAUAUUAUACUCACGGAGCUCAAUGAGUAUUUGGUGGAUAAGGUGUAUCUGGCAGGAAACAGCAUCACACUUGCAGAUGCACUCAUGUACUAUGGCAUCCAUCACAUCAUUUCGGAGCUUGCAGUACAGCAGAAAGAAAAAUACUUGAACGUGACCAGAUGGUUUGAUCACAUCCAACAUUAUCCAGGAGUGCGUCAUCACCUGCCCCCUGUGAUAGUUUUGAGGAACAGAGUUUACCAAAGCAAUCAGCAUUGACCCCCUAUUUUUGUCCUCUUCAUAAUUAAUAAUGCAGGGAGGUCCCAUCUUCACUCUUUUUUGGGGUUAAAUGUUGGGGCUUUUGUACUGUGCAGCUCUUUGAUCACUGAGACAAGAGAUCCAGUUAGGUUAUCAAUGAUUUUCUUACUUGUCUUGAGGUAUGGUAGGUCCUUUUCCCAAGUUUUAACCUCUGUGACUGUUGGCAAGUAUAUUUAUAAUACAUCUACAAAAUAUGUAUAAAGUAUAAAGAAUGAAGCAAAUAAAAAGAUAUAUAAAACACAUGCAGCUUGUUGAGCUCAAUAGGCUGUGCAGUGUUCCAAUUUA